AUGAAGAAAACAGUGGCUGAGAGCGAGCACAACCACAGGCCUGCCAGGGCGCAUCACGAAUGCCUCUGUGCACGCGUAAUAGACUUCGCUGCAAGGAGUAGUGGAUGGGAGGAGGAGGAGGAGGAGGAGGAGGAGGAGGAGGAGGAUCGAGAGGAGAUCUUGGGUACACCGUGGAGAACGCGCCACUGCAGAGUGGCUGAGCACCGCCUGUGUGAAUUGUACAUAAGACCGGGCGGAGGACACGAUGAGAGAAACGGAGAGGAGGUGGAGGAGGAACGGGGGGGAGGGGAGGAGGGAGGGGGGGAUGGCCCUUGGUGCCAAAAGCGGCAAAAGACGACUCUCUGCAAACUGCGGCAAUCAAGGGAUUCCGUCCCAGAAUUGCCAGCGGACCCUUUCGCAUAA